UUCCCAUUUUAUUUCCAUUAAUUUAAUAGAUUACAACAACCGGUGCCAGCCUCUCAAAUUCUGUGAACUCCAAAGGAAUCCUAAAGGAAUCUGUGUCUUCGUUUCUCAGCUUCCUUCCCUUCCUCCCCUCGCUCUGAAAGAUAGCCAAGAGAAAAGAUGGAAAUGGGUAAGAAUAAAUCUGAGAAAUUCUCAAUGGAUUUUGUGAUGGCUGGAAUGGCUGCUAUAAUGUCAAAGAGCGCAGCAGCCCCCAUUGAAAGAGUGAAGCUAUUGUUGCAAAAUCAAGGGGAGAUGAUAAAAAGGGGAAGCCUUCAGAAACCUUAUAAUGGUGUUGGUGAUUGCUUUAAAAGGGUUUUGAAGGAUGAAGGUCUUUUCUCUUUCUGGAGGGGUAACCAAGCCAAUGUCAUCAGAUAUUUUCCCACUCAGGCUUUCAACUUUGCAUUUAAAGGUUACUUCAAAAGCAUUUUUGGGCGCUCGAAAGAGAAGGAUGGUUAUGUGAUGUGGUUUGCUGGAAAUAUGGCUUCAGGGAGUGCUGCUGGAGCAACCACAUCCUUGUUUUUGUAUCAUUUGGAUUAUGCGCGUACUAGACUUGGUACUGAUAGUCAACGCCAGUUCAAAGGGCUACUAGAUGUAUACCGUGAAACUUUAUCAACUGAUGGCGUUGUGGGCCUAUAUCGAGGAUUUGGGGCUUCAAUCAUGGGGAUUACUUUGUACCGUGGCUUGUACUUUGGGAUCUAUGACACGAUGAAGCCUAUACUUUUAGUGGGGCCUCUUGAGGGGAAUUUCUUUGCUAGCUUCUUCCUGGGUUGGAGUAUCACCACAGUUUCCGGGGUCUGUGCCUAUCCCUUCGACACGGUUCGACGCCGAAUGAUGUUAACCUCUGGACAAUCGAAGAAGUAUCGCAGUGCUAUCCAUGCUUUUCGUGAGAUUGUUCAUCUCGAGGGGUUUUCAGCACUAUUCCGAGGAGUUACUGCUAAUAUGCUUCUUGGUGUAGCAGGAGCCGGGGUACUCGCAGGCUAUGAUCAGCUGCAUCGAGUGGCUCAUCGACAAGGUUAUAUGUUCGAGUCAUAUCAAGGUGCACUAAAGUGAAAAUGCCAUUGUCUCAAAUGUACAUACAAGUGUAGCUUUUCAUACUGAGAUGAAAGAAGAAAAGGAGCAUGGGGAAGAAGUGGGAUAGAAAGGGCCCCAUGUGUGUUUUUAUGUAUACAUUUGUACAGUUAAUUAACUUUCAAUGAUUAAUUUGUGAUGUAAUUGCAGAUAACAAAGUUUUAGCAAUAAACCUAUGUUAUUGACA